GCGUUCCAUCUGUGACGUAGUCACGUUCCAAGUCUCGAUGCUUCGUUGCCUCCGAGUUUGCAGCGAAAGGCGGAGAUUGAGACGGAGGCCGCAGAGAUGCCGGGGAUCGAAAAACUGCCCAUCGAGGAGACUCUGGAAGACAGUCCGCAGACGCGCUCACUGCUGGGAGUGUUUGAAGAAGAUGCUGCUGCCAUCUCAAAUUAUACCAACCAACUUUACAAUGCCAUGAAGAGGAUUUAUGAUGCACAGAAUGAAUUAAGCACGGCAACACAUUUGACCUCCAAGCUGCUCAAGGAAUAUGAGAAACAGCGUUUUCCCUUAGGUGGUGAUGAUGAGGUCAUGACCUCCACACUACAACAAUUUGCCCAAGUAAUAGAUGAACUCAGCUCCUGCCAUGCUGUACUUUCGACGCAGUUAGCUGAUGCCAUGAUGUUUCCCAUUACACAGUUUAAGGAGAAGGAUUUAAAAGAAAUGCUAACCCUAAAUGAAGUAUUUGCUAUAGCAAGUAAUGAUCUUGACAUGGCUAUUAACAAAUACAGUAGACUAUCCAAGCGGAAGGAAAAUGAUAAGAUAAAACUAGAGGCAACUGAAGAUCUGUACACAUCUAGAAAGAAGCAGCAUCAGACCAUGAUGCACUAUUUUUGUGCACUGAACACAUUACAGUACAAGAAAAAGAUUGCACUGCUAGAACCUCUCCUGGGUUAUAUGCAAGCUCAGAUAAACUUCUUUAAGAUGGGUUCUGAACACAUGGUUCAACAGUUGGAAGAAUUUCUGACAAAUAUUGGUGCCAGUGUGCAGGGUGUCCGGAGGGAAAUGGAGACUGAAGUGGAAACCAUGCAUCAGACCAUUCAGGAUCUGGAAGUAGCCAGUGAUUCAUUGUAUCUACCUGAUCCAGAUACCAAAAUAUUCAAUAUCAACAGAAACCUAACCAGAAAAACUGGUUACAUGAAUACAAGAAAUAAAACCAGAUUAGUAUCAUCUACCUGGGAAAGGCAUUACUACUUUACCCAGGGUGGAAACCUGAUGCGUCAAGCUCGAGGGGAUGUUGCAGGAGGUCUUGUCAUGGACUUGGACAACUGUACUGUUAUGGCUGUGGAUUGUGAGGAUCGAAGAUACUGCUUUCAAAUCACUUCCUUUGAUGGGAAAAAAGCUGUUCUUUUACAAGCAGAGAGUAAAAAAGAGUGUGAAGAGUGGAUUGCAACAAUCAAUAAUAUUUCCAAACGUAUCUAUCUCAGCGAAAACCCAGAAGAAUUGGCUGCUCGUGUAAACCAGUCUGCUCUGGAGGCUGUUACACCUUCCCCUUCAUUUCAACAGCGCCAUGAAAUCUCAAGGCCUACAGUCCACAGCAGACCUCAUCCCUCUCGAGCAAACAGUUCCAGCUCUGUUGGAUCAGAAUCUGCUUCUCUUUCUGCAGCGUCAUUAGACUCAAUAGUUGCUCCAGACACACCCAUUCAGUUUGACAUAAUUUCUUCUGUCAGUGAGGACUUGUCGAACCAAGCAAAGAUUUCAGGACCAGGAACCAGAACAAAUCCAUUUGGAGAAUGUGGGGAGCCAAAAACAGAGGAGCCUGAAGAAUCUAUACUUCAUCAGUUGUUUAUUGUGAGAUUUCUUGGAUCAAUGGAAGUAAAAGCAAAUGAAACCUCGGAUGUUAUUUGUGACACAAUGCGUCAAAUCCUUGCUGCCCGUGCUAUACAUAACAUCUUUCGGAUGACCGAGUCACAUUUACUAGUAACUGGUGACUGUUUGAAGUUGAUUGAUCCUCAGACUCAAGUCAUUCGCUUAAGGUUCCCUUUGCAAAAUGUGGUUCUUUGUGCGACUCACAAAGAGAACAAACGUCUCUUCGGGUUUGUGCUGCAUACCGGAGGAAGCAGAGUAGAAGGGCGACCGGUCUCCAUCUGCUAUGUGUUUGAAUCAAACAAUGAGGGAGAGAAGAUCUGUGAUUCUGUUGGACUGGGCAAACAGAUUGCUUUCCAUUCAGAAUUGGAUCGUCAAAUCACAGAUAAACAGAGAGAAUUUGACCGAGAAAAGGAAAAGCAACUCAUGGAACUUAAUAAACAAAAACAAAUUGAAAAGGAUUUGGAGGAACAAAGUCGCCUAAUAGCUGCUUCUAUUCGGCCAAACCAGAUGAGUGGUGAGAGCCAGUUUGUUCCAUUGGAUAAUAGUACACAGGCUGAAAGCAGUGACACAGGAGAUGAUGGAAAGAAAAAGGAAUUGGAAACCUGAAAUGUUGACAGUGAAGAUGAAGAAAAUGUUGAUUAGGUUGCAUUUGUAUUCAGACAACAAUAAGUGAAGAGCACUAAAUAAAGACCCAGAUUCUGCAGUCAGUGGCAAUAUGGCAGCACUUGCCUCUGACCUCAAAGAAUUGUUGCCCACAAAGAUUUGUGAUAUGGAUUUCCUCCUUUCUUGACAUUAGUUUGAAUCUGGUGCCAAGGCAUGAGGAUCUUCAUGCACCAACAACAAUGAUGUCAUCAAGUAGGGUAAGCUCAUCACAUCGCAUUCAAUUAUUCUCACAAAGGAAAUCUGGAAGUAAAAUGUACUAAUUAUUCUUUGCUUUAAAUACAUCUUACAGAGAGUGAAAUCAAUGAUUGGGACAUGGGCAUUAGAAGCUAAAAUAUCACAAACAUGUUUUUAAGCAUGUAUUACAAACUUGGAUUUUUAAAUCAGAAUGGAAAGAUUGGCAUUCCAUAAAUAUAGAAUUAAUUUUCUUGAAGAGAAUUCUUCAGCCAUAGUUAUGACUUUGUAUGCAUUUAAGAAUCUAAUUACACCUCAUCAGGGUAUAACUUUUUUUUUAAAACAGUGGUAUUUCAGAGUAAAAGGGAAGUUCUUCUCAGUGCAAUAAUUUCCAAUUGAAUGCAGCCUACCAGGACUUUGACAAUGCACCCAACAGAGGAGGGUAGAAUUGGACAGUAACUUCUGGAUUUUCCUGCUUAAUUGAGCAUGUUUGAAUUCUAGAAUUUGCUGUCAAUUUCAGAAGAGUAAUGAUGGCAAAUACUGACUGCUUUGCCAUCAUUUCUGCCACAAAAUUCAGGCCACGAUCACAGUGACAUAGUGAUAAAAAUCCUUGGCGAUCACUAAAAGAAUUAACCUAAAAAUUAAUUUGUAAAAAAUUCUUCUGAGCAGCUCGACCUAAGUGUGAUGAAAUUUUCAAAGCCUUCCAAUCUGCAUUUGCCUAUCAUAACCCAUGAUAAUGUAUAAUAAGGUGACAAAAUUGAAAUAAUCUCUGUUGCAUCUGGUUCUGAACUGCUUGUUAACUCUUCUGCAUAUCUUUGCAUUUUUACUUGAAAGUAAGGUCUAUGGAUUAUAUAUUUUAUACAUUUUAUCCUUAUACUGUGUAUAAAUGUGUGUAGCAAGAGCUAACAUAUCUUUAUUAAUUGGUAAAACACUCAUUUAUCUUUCAUAAUAUCAUAACUUAGCAACUUACAGUUACUGCUUUUGAUAAACAAAUUGAAUGGACAAUUUGUUUCCCUUUACCAGCACGUGCUUUAAGAGUUGAGUAUUACAUUGUGCACUACUUCCUUGAAUCAUAUUUUAAAAUGUAUUCAGUUGCCUUUUAUGUUAGUAAAUGUUAAUGAAACCUAUCUAUCUCAUUUACAGUACAGAGAAAUACUGUAUUCAGAGCAUAGUUAUUAGCUUCAUGCUCUGUUGCACCACUUGAUAUUGAACUGGCUUAUGGUAACAGUGUAAACUGUAGAUUGCUGCUGAAUUUAUUGAAAUGGAUUUACAUAAAGUUAUAACUAGUACAACUAUUAAUUGAAAAAAACAUUAUUUCAGCUUUGUGAAGUCAAAGUUGAAAGCAGUUUGUUCUGAGGCCUUUAAAUGACUUUUGCUCAAACUGAAUUAACACGCCUCUAAGGUACUAAGUUGAUUGAACUAUUUAAUCCAGAUUCACAGUUUGACAACUACUUGUGUUUAGUGAAGGCAACUUCUGGGUAAUUAGGCAAUACCAUAUGUUUUAUAUAUACUUUUAGAAAAAAUUGUGGGGUAGCUUCUUUUAGGAACAUUGACAAUUACUAUGUUUCUGUGGCUAUUGCACAUUAUCCUUAUUACCUUUAUGGAUAUAUUUCACAAUUGAAAUAAUUCAGUAUGAGAAUUUUUAAGUACGUUGGUUAAAUUGUAGAGUAAAAUGUCCUCUCUAUUCCCAAAAUGUUGUUGUAUAAUUCUAUGAAGUGCCCAUCACUGCUUCAGGUAAACGCUUUGUACAGACUUUUAAAGCACAUUAUUAUACAUUAAUAUGAACUUUUAGUUGAUUCUUGCAUUAUGUAAUAUAUCUAUUCAUAAAGUAAUGUGGUCAUAUUUGAAGUUGUUUGCAACAUUUGCAUGUACCAAAUGCAUGUCCCUUACUGUAUUAAGGUCUGAAUGUUUCAUUUCCUUAUUUCCAAUUGAAUUAUAUAUAAAUGUAAAAUAACUGUCUUCUCAUUGAAUGACAUACUAAUUGUGAUUUUCCAAUUUUUAUUCUUCAUUUCUUUAAAUGUGGAGAGUUAGUUUAAGGGUUGUUGUAGAUUAUACUUAUUUUAUCAAUUUGCGCCAAAGAAGCAGAAUUACUUAAUUUACACUAUAUAGGUAUAGGCUGGCUAUUCAUCUUGAAGGGGACAACCUGCACUGUAAGCACAGACUACAUGCACUUUGAGCAUUUUAACACUUGGAAACUAAAAUUACCUAGAAACUGCAACAUUACCCAGUAAAAUAAUCUGUAAAACCUACAAAUUGUAAAAAUAACCUAUUUCCAAAUUUGUUCGUAAAUGCAUCUGCUUUGAUUUGGCAAAUUAAAGUCACCUAAUUAGGAGGCUGUGUCCUUACAGGCUACAAAUUCUGAACUUAAAUAUUAGGCUAAAUAGUGUGAAAGAAAUUAAAUGCAUUAUAACGAAGCCCAUGGAUUAUUCUAAACUUUUAGUUCUAGUGCAUGUGACAGUAAAGCUAAUGCAAUUCAAUAGUGUAUUAGGUCGGUUCUGAUACAACUCAAUAGUUCCAUUCUUGUGCGAUCUUGAGUUAUAAGAAAAUCGCGCAAUAGCCGCAUUUUAUAAACAAAUGGGGCCAGAAUCAUGUUAUAGCCAAACCAGGUAAGGAAAAUUUGCGUUUUACAAAUAGCAAUCUAAAUUCUUUGAUCUCAUUGGAUUUGCAAUGAAGAAAAAUGCAUUAUAACAGAGUAUAAGUGUAUUAGUGAAUAGUCCAGGAAGAAGUAUCACAAGUUCGAAACUUCCAACAAUGUGUGUUUAUUUACACAGUAGUGUUUUCUAAAGGUCCAUAUUUUGGACUACUAAUUCUUCACAUAACAUUUAAUAGCAUACCUGAGUGGAAUUUUGUGUGAUUUCUUCUUCACAGUAGCUGCCAUUUAUUCUUGGGGAUUUGGAAAAUGACUUUGUAAACCAUUCUUUUUCCUCCAAUAAUAUACUAAUUUUAUCCAAUAAGUAGCUGAGUCCAACAGACUAAAAGGUUCAGCUGUUUAUUGAUUUAUGCUGACUUAGCUGAUCUCACCGGGCCAACAGCAUAAUUAUUUGCAAGUGGUGUCAUAUUUAAGCUAGAAAAGAGGAAGUUAGUAUUUCUGCUUUGAUUUCUGAUUAGCGAGCCUUGCUGGAAAGUAUGUUUGGAUACCUGGUGAUGGCAGGAUUUGCGUGUCUAGUUUGUUCACACUUAACAAUAGUAAAGUACUAAUAAUCCUAUUUGAGCCCUGAAGACACAUAAGAACCUGUGAAAU